AUGUCUCUCCAAGAUUUCCCAGACGAAUUGCUGGUCCUCAUCAUCCCGUUCGUGGACCCAAUCGCCCUCAUCUCACUCAGCCAGACCAACCGCCGCUUGAGGCACCUGAUCCAGCCAACCAAAAGGCACUUCAUAGAGAGGCUUCUCGUCCUAGAGUGCCUCGAAGCCCACGGCGGCCCUUAUCUGGAUGUCAGGCAGCGGAAUUUCAGCCUCCAUCCGUCCGCUAGCGAUGAGCUGAAGGACAUGCGCUGGGCCUGCGCAGGCUGCUUGAAGCUUCGCUCCCACCGACAUUUCAACAACAAGGCCCUGUAUCGGCUCAGAUACAAGAAACCCACCCCCAACACAAGCAGUACUGAGUCUCUCGCUAUCACUAGCUGGAUGUCUCUGACGAGGGGCGUAAAGUCUGCGCAAAAGCACAGAUUUUCAGCCCAGCCGGAAGAGAGAAGUCUCCGGCAAUACAGAGGUCUCUAUUCGAGAUCGUACACUGAUGAGACCAUCGAAGAGUGGUAUCAUUGGCUGCGGCGCAACGGGACCGAGAGGGUAGCAGGCAGGGACAUGCAGGACAUGGACCUGGGCGAGUUCAGGGGCAUAGCGAGGUAUUGGGGUGGCAUGCCCUCCCUCCAGGAAUACCACAAGUACUUGGACGACUCGCGGAACCAUGGCUUUGCGCGCCUCAAGCGGCUGUGCAACGAGUGCCUGUUCCAGGCUGCUCAGCUGCAGAGCAUCAAGAAGGGGCGGGCUGGGUUGGCCCUGACCCCGAUGCAGCCGAGCAGGCGCGUCUACUACUACAGUGCUCUGGACCGUUGGCUGCCGGGGUUCUCAGACGGACUGGAGCACAAGCGGCCACAGGUGCGGAUCCCAAGAUUGCUCGAGAGCGGCCCGGUGCCCUUUUCGGAGCCUUGGACGCUUUACAUGGUGCGCUGUUCAGGGUGCGAGCAAUGGAAAGAGCUGCGAACUUUUCGGCUCUCCGUAUGCGGGGCGCGAUGGUCACCCACAAAGACCAGAACAGCGCUGAAUAGACAUACACAGGGCUCUGUGCAGCUGGACGGGGCCCGUUGCCACACCUGCUUUGCCAAGGAGAAUGGGACUGAGAAGCUUGGGCAGGAGCUUAUACGUUGGGCAGGCGAGGUCAUCGACGAACAGCUCCGUCGACAUCUUCUCGCCCUUAGUUGGGGGUACAGGAGGCUGAAAGCAAACAGGGAGAGACCUGCAAUACGAGUGCAAGAAGUGAAGAAAAUUCUGCAGGGUGUUCAUCUGGAACUGGACGUAGAUGCGGCCAAGGUUGACGAGGUAGUCAACGGCUGGAUAACCCGGUAUCCUCAGGUCAAGAAGAUGUGGGAUGAAGCUCGCGCGCGUGAUACUUCGCGGAGCUUGAUCAGGGAGGCGAGCCUGGACGUCUGGGUCGAAAGAUUUCAGGAUAUUGUCGAUUACUGGUUCUGGCUGAAAGCUGCCAGGGAAGAGAUCCAGCAGAAACCGGGCCAUCUAGUGGAUUGGGCCUUGCAUGGUAGGGACGACGAGGAGUUGGCGAUUACCAAACCGAAGAAGAAACGUUCUUAUGUACCGCGGCCUACUCCAAUGUAG